CAGCUGGAGAGGAAAACACAAACAAAGGUUUAGUCAUGGCAAAGCAAUCCUCACUAAACGUUUUGGGGAAAUUAGUAGACCUCAAGCAGUGGCAGAGUCAGCAACACGAAAAACUUGUAAAAGAGCAAGAAAAGCACCGAGAAAUUCUAGUAGAGGAGCAGAGCAACAGAUUUCAGCAACAGCUUCAACUUCUUGACCAAUCCAGAGAUUCGGUUUCACACGAUGGUGACUUAUCUAGUGAAGAAGAAACAACGCCAAUCAAUCAUACAAAUGGAAACAUAAGCGUUGAAAACGAUGACAGGAGUUUUGCAACUUUCCCAAAUAUCCAAAGAGAGGAAGAAACAGCUGACAGCAAACCUACGAAGAAAACAUUUUUGAAGAGAGGCGAAGGCUUAUCUCGAUUUCGAAUGUCUCACGAUGACAUGGAAAAUCAACGAAAAAGGAUUUUGGCCAGCAAAGGCAAGAAGAAGCCUGGCACUGGUGAUGCGUCUAGCAAAGAACAGAAAAGGAAACUGCCUGAAAAGGUGACGAACCCUCGAAAGAGAGAAGUGAAGUCGAAUAAAAUUGACUCAAGAGCGAAGCCUGCACAGAGACAGAUUUUAGUGCCUCGAGCACCUAUCCCUCCAACUCUUAAACUGGUGCCACCCAAGAAAAAUCUUUUUCGUGAGCCGAAGGUUCAUGAAAAGAAAGCAGGCGAAGCAGCAAAAUCAGUGACUGUGGCUUUGAAAGAGGACAAGUCUAAGAUUAAAGAAUUGCCAUCAAAAACAUGGAGUACAGUUUUGGCCACAGCACCUGCCCAGAUAUCUAGUUCUUCUCCAAUGAGAAAAUUUAUUGAGCAAAGAGAGUUGAGGGUAUUCGAGCGCAUGGAAAAACUUGCAGACGACUCCAGCUUUUGCUCUACGUCUUCAACAUAUGCAAGAUUUAUAGAAGGUGGUUACAUCAGUUCUGUUCAAAACACACCCCAAUCUUCUCCAGUCAAACGACAAAGUCAGUCACCAUUGGCUUUGGAUCCGCCAGUACUUGCACCAAAUCCCACCGUAGAAAAUGCAAAGGCUCUUCUUCAGCAACUGGCCGCUUUGAGAUUUGGACUGGCAGAAGAUAACAGAGAGUUCUUGGAGAAUAAUAUUAACUUAAACGAGCUUAAAUUGGACUUGUCUGGUUUGCAAAGUGCAACCUCAAGCGAAGAUGAAGAUUCACAUCAUGAAAUUGAUUUGACUGAUGAAGAGUGGAGCAAAACAAGCAAUUCAAGUGACAGCGAGACAUCAUCAAGUUAUUCAGCCUAUGCAAAAAUCAUUGAGUCAAACAAAAAUGGGAACCAUGAAGACCUGGAAAAUACUUUGGUUGAAGGAAAAGAUAAUGAGAGCGUUGCAUCAUCUGAAGAUGGAAUUGAAGUAGAGAAGAUAGAUGAUGACUAUAAGCUUAGUUCAGCAAUGCACGUCAGACUUGAACAGUUGCAGAGAGAAGUUUUGGUUGUACAAGAGCAGCAGGCAAACCUCCAUCAACAAAGAGCUGAGCUUGCAGGCGAGAAAGAAAAACUUGCAAAAGCACUGGAGGAAGCGGAAGAGCAGAAGAGGAAGUUCAGAGGCACCAAAUUGCAGCAGCAAUUUGAAAACAGAAAAGUUGAUGAGCUGAAAAAGCAGCUGGAAGAGCUGCAAACUUUGUGGAAAGAUAAAGAAGUUCGAUGGGCGUCAGCACAAGCUAGUCAGAGAGCUCAAUUGUGGCAGUUGUCGCAGGAAAAUAAAAAUUUAGCUCAACAAAUUAAAGAACUUAAGUUGAAUCAAGCUAAAAAGGUCCACUUUGCCCCAGUUAAAUCGAAGACCAGCGCAUCCGUAAGGUCCGUCUUAAAAAAGCCAGCAGAACCUGAAAAACCACCAUCUCUCGAGCCAAGAUACGACAAAAGCGCUGAGGAACCCGAAGAAGAAAACUCUCGGAUAAAUUGUGCUAGGGAUUUGGAUGAUGCCCUCAAGUUAUACCAACGCCUCUGCCCCAAAGAAGAUUCCCCAAAUAGCUCUUUGAUGACUCCCAGAUCAAUCAACAAGGCUUAUUUUGAUAUUUUUAACCCCAAAAGAAACGUCUCACCUGAAGCCCUGAAGUCAAAAGAAAUUGUCGAAGUUAGGAAAGAAAAAUUGGAACCAGCAAAACCAGAGAAGAAAACACUUGACGCACAGCGUAAACCUGUCUUCUCAGAAAGUAUUGUACCAGAAGUCCUUUCUUAUGAAGAGAUGAGGCCUAGGUCUGUUUUACCUGAGCGUGUGGAUCAGCCAAGCAGAGUCAUAAAUCCUACCACCACAGAGGCAACCAGCGACAUUGUAAAAAGUCAGACUCAUCCUGACGGAACAAAGCAGAUCUGGUAUUCCUGUGGCAACACUUUGAAAGUGUCUGCCGAUGGUGCCCACAGACGGAUGGUCUUUCACAAUGGAGACGUGCAGGAGAGUUGGAACCGAGAAGGAAUUACAAGAUAUUUUUAUUCCGACAGCCGAGUUUGGCACGAAACAUACAGCAACGGCACUCAAACUAUCAGCUACCCUGAUGGUCAGAAGGAGGUUCUAAAGAACGACGGAAGCAAAGAGGUCACAUUUCCAGACGGGUCAAGCAUGUGCAUUGAUUCUGAUGGCAAACAGACGGCCAAUUUGUGCGACGGUUCAAAACUUUUUCUCAAUUCUGAUGGCUCCAGUAUUUUAGAAAUGCCAAAUGGUCUUCGAGAAAUUCGAACCACAGAUUCGACGACAUUGCAGUACCCAGAUGGAACAAUUCGCGUGCAAUAUCCCAGUGGUCUUCUAGAGACAAAAUAUCCAAAUGGUCGUGUUAGAGUGAAAAAUGCUGAAGGAAAGCUCAUUAUAGACACUCAUUGCCCUGUUGAUUCAAAAUGAAUGAUAAUAUAAUUUACAGAGAUUUUUGUUAAUAAUAGUUCUUCAACAUAUUGUACCUGAAACUUUACUAUCUAAAAAUUAAAGUUGCUUUGAGCAAUUAUUAUUUUAGUUUUUGGAAAAAAUAUAUAAUUAAAGAGCUAUAA